CUACUUUUUAGCUAGCCAUGACAUUCGACAGUCCGCCAGCACUUUCCGAUGUAAACAAUGGCAACACGCGGCUUCAGUUGGAAUUUAAAUUAACAUGGCAGCGGAAACAAGCACUAAGGCCAGCACCCUUCGUCUGGGCAUGUGCGAAGUGUGCGCCGCGAAGGAGGCCCGCUACGCGUGUCCCAAGUGCGAGGUGAAAACCUGCAGCCUGCCCUGCGUCCAGAUUCACAAAAAGGAGCUCGACUGCGAUGGCCAGCGGGAUCGCACCAAGUUCGUGCCCCUCAGCGAGAUGACAUCGCGGGAGUUCAUGAGCGACUACUGCUUCCUGGAGGAGUGCACCCGCUAUGCAGAGAAUCGAAAGACCGAUCGCUGCAAGCGUUUCACCCACGACCAAAAGAAUCUCCCAGUGGCCCAGCAUCGGAUGCGGACGGCGGCCAGGAAGCGCAACAUUAAUCUUCGCCUGCAACUGGAGAACUUCAGCCGGCACAAGGAGAACACCACGUACCUGAACUGGAAACUGGGACGUUUCUAUUGGCGCGUCGAGUGGCUCUUUGCCAACAUUCCUCUCGAGGAGCAGCAUACGCGGGAUGUGGCCCGAUUCGUGGACGAACGGUGCGAUGAGGAGGUUACCCUGUCCGAUCUGAUCCUUAAGUAUGUGGAUCUGCAGCAGGAAACGGCACGGGAUCAACGCAAACUGCUGGCAAACCAUCAGACUGCCGGCAUUGACCAGCUGAGUUUCUGGCUGAGAGCCGAGGGUGUGCGACGCAGCUCCACGAGAUGCUAUCGCCUGCAGGCGACCAAAACGCUGGGCGAGAAUCUAGCCGGCAAGACCAUCGUGGAGUUCCCCACCAUCUUCGUUACCUACGAUCCAAAGCCACCAGGCGGUCAUGAAGCCAUCGACAGCAGUGAUGAAAUGGACGAGGAAGAGCCAAUUACAACCAAAACCAAACCAGGUGCUACUCCAAUUGCAGAGGAUGCAGAUGAGCCGCAUGAUGUCUACCAUGAUCUGGCUGCAGCUUUUGCUGGUGAAGAUGUCAGUGAACCUGAAGACGACGAAGAAUUUGAGGCACUCUAUAGAGAACACGUGGAACUGUAGAAGCGAAGCCAAAACCUUCAGGCUAGAAGGAACAGCAGAUGCUUUCGAAGAUGUCAAUAGAGCACAGGAUCCUGGGGCUAAGAACAAUAGCCUGCCCAAAAUUGCUCAGCAUUAAUAAAGUGGAACCAAGUAACCUGAACGGCGACCAUGCCAACCAUAACCACUGAUCAUUAAGUAAAUAAAACAACUAGCUUUUAUAUUUUUACAUAAA